CGGAGGAGCACGCUGGAAAAAAGGGGAGGGAUCUGAUUGGUCGGAACCCAGGUAGUAUGCCCGCCCCGGGACUGGAGAAGCUCCCCGAUUGGCAGUGGAAUGGAGGUAAACAGAAUAGAAUGUCCCCUUCUGUUGGAACCUAUGGGAGCCGCAUCCCAUUGUGACGCGUGGGGUUCUGUUAAAUUGUUACUGAGCAGGAGAAUGCAUGAACCCUGAGAGUGGAAGGAGACAGGAGGUGGGGGGAGUGAGUGAGGCUGGAAUAAAAAAAGCGUCUCAUAUACAGCUUUGUCUGAGAUUUCAUCACAGACUCUUUAUGACAGAGGAUGAAUGCGUUGGGGAUAUUGAGAGAGACAAAGCACUUGGUGCCCACUUGAUUCCUAUUCCCUUAUGCGUGUGGCAGAGGGGAGCUGGCAUGCAGUUCAGAUAGGAGCAGGAUUCAGUGCUGCCUUGGAGUGUGAGGCUGGGGCUUUAUCUUCUAUAAGUUUGCCAAAGCAGGGAAAGUGUGCUGCUGCAGACACAGGAGGGGCAUUGUAUAGUACAAGCAGUGUGGGGAGGUCCCAGACUAUUGCUGUCUGUGAUGAAGACAGGCACACAGUGAGAGCUGCAGGAGACGCACUCAGUGCUACCUGCCUGAGCUCUCUCUCUCUCUAUUACUGGACCACUCGUAUCCUUCCUCCACUAGCUCUGCCUUGGCAAUGACAGCUGUCGCCUACAUGGACUUCGUUGCUGCUCAGUGUCUGGUGUCUAUUUCUAACCGUAAAGUGGAUCAGCAGCCUGAGGGGCAGGAGGUGAGGGCAUCCCCUUGCCUGGAGAACCCAGCAGCAGCACCUGCAGACUCUGCAAUGCACCUGAGGAAGGUGCCAGAGCAGGAGCCAAGCCUUCACCUGAGGACCAUGCCUGAGCAAGGAGUGACCAAGGAGCUCCACGAAGGACCAGGGGAAGCAUGGAAGGAUUACUGCACCUUGCUAACUAUAGCGAAAAGCCUGCUGGAGUUAAAUAAGUACCGUCCCCUGCCUUCCCCUGUCUAUAGUCACAGCGAUGAGGAGCUGAGCUCGGACAGUGACCUCACCACGGAGUCCGGCCUCAGCUUCAGCCCAUCUUAUAGCCCGGGGAGCUCUACCCCCAGCCAUAUGGACUACAGCCCUGAACCCGGCUCCACGCAGCCACUCCCACUCGACCAGGACACACCCAGCUCCCCACCAGCCCCAGCCCCUGCCAGGUCCACCAAUGAAAAGAGGCACAGGUGCCCCUAUGCUGGAUGUGGCAAAGUGUAUGGCAAGUCCUCCCACCUCAAAGCCCAUUACAGAGUCCAUACAGGUCAGUAACCCCCACCCCCUGAAACCAGAGUGGAAUCUGACAGGGUUUAGGUAAACCGUACUUUUUUGAAGUGUUUUUAAAAAAACUUUUUCUUUUCUGCUUAGUUGGGUGUGUUGAAGCGAGGAACAAAACCUUGGUGUUGCUGAUCUCUUUAAAUGCUGUCAGCAUUGCAUGCUCUGUGUAUAGACACAGCAGGUGUCUAUUGUCUGUAGAGUACAGUAAUAAAAUGUGGGUAUGCUCCAAUGUGGCUCACAGUCUUUAAGGAUCUGUUUUUUUUUUUUUUCUCCUGUAUAUUUCUAAAAAUGUGAGUUUUUUAAAAUUGGCAAAACGUUCAACCUGUAUAAUAAAAAAAUAAAUAAUUAAAUAUAAUUAAUUAAUUAUAUAUAUAUAUAUAUAUAUAUAUAUAUAUAUAUAUAUACAUACAUAUAUAUAAAAUUACAUUCAUUAUAUAUAUAUAUAUAUAUAUAUAUAUAUAUGGAUAGAUAGAUAAAAUAAAGCAGCAUACAGAACGUGGACCAAAAGUUUGGCUUAUUAUCAAACCACAAUAGCAGGGUUAUUUUUUCCCAGUACUCAGUGUGCUAGGCUUUCAACAAUAAAACAUUGUGUCCCCUUCUUGCUGUGUAGAUCAUCAGAUACUUAUUGCCAAAUUGAUAUUUUGUCUCUUCACAAAUUUCUCAGAUGUUUGACCACUGGUAGUUUUUUAUUAUUUUGAACCACAAUUCACAGGUUGAUUUUCAAUAAUCUGAUAUAUAAGGUCUUGUCAACUGCAUAGUUAUAAUAUAUUUUGGUAUCCAUCCCUGUCAUGCAUGGUAUGUCCUUGUCUUUUUGAAGAUUCCAUUCGGAACCUUCCACAGUGACAAAAAAAUAUGUUAUUGAAUGGUACAGAUAGGAAACAUUCUUCAUGCUUUUUUUUUCUUUUUUAGUCCCAUGACCCAAAAUAGUUGACUGGAGGAUUUGGCAUCUGUUUUAAUAACACACGCUACUUUUAGUAACGUACUUUUAGUAACGUGGUGGCAAAUUCAAUGUGUUGUCGAGAUUGGGAGGGGUGGUUCUCGUAGUUUCGGCAUCCACCCUAGGGUUACGCCUAUUGUCAUAUCACGGCCAACCAGGGGUUGACUACCAGUUGCACAUGUUUUGAUGCAUGACGUCACAAUACAGCAGUGUGCACCUGGGUCGUGUGCCAUUAAGUGAACUAAGAGCGUUAUAUUGGUCUUUGAACCGUGCAGGUAUAACGGUCAGUUUUGUCUGUUCUAGAAUAAGUAACACUUUUUAAAAAGCCGAAUAACCCGUCUUACGAGGGUUCCGAAAACCAAUGAUUUUUUUGUUCACUGCAAGCAUGUCAUUUUGUCAUCAAAGACAUUCUGGCAGGUUAUCAAACAAGUCUUAGACAUUCAAAAUGUAAGAUACAGUUUAAAAAUAAAUAAAUGUACAUCUGCAUCAAAUGCACAUCUUAUUGUUAAAAAUCUACAAGCAUUUGCCCAAAAUAACCUAAUCAUACCCUGAAAGGCUUCGGUUGUAUCUAGAUUCCAUUUUUCCUUUUUUUUUGGGAAGGAGCCAACUGUCUCCAUGUCACUUGCUUUAUAGCCUUUCUUCGCUAUCUCCCUCCCUGCUCCCAUACCAGCCAGCUGUGUCCUCAGAUUACCUCUUCUAGCAAGAUCUAGUGUGCAUAUUGGAUUUCUGCUGUUCCACUCUUUGCCACAGACAGCAUAUAUCUCUGAAGCAGUAUAUCUAAAGGAGCAGACAGAGUUAGACGGCAGCAUUUACCAAUAGAAUUUUUAGUUGGCAUUUUCAGUAUUUGUGUAUAUAAUGCCUUUGAAAUGAGAGAUUGAUCUUUUUAAAGCAAAUGGGGUGUUGCCCAAGCCUGUCUGGUACUCAGAUAGUUAAUGCUUUGUCCCGGUCAACGACACUGACAGUGUUAGCCAGACCUGUGUUGUGUCUGAGCAUCCUGCUCAUUGUUUGUCACAUUAAUUACUGAUAAACUGCCAGUUUCAGAACAGCAUCUGAAUCACAUUCCUUGUUUAGGCUUGCCCCAUGCUAUCUGUGGGAUUAAGGGUGUGGUGAAUCAUGGCAUGAUUCAAAAAUGUUCACUUUUUGCAGAUACAAAGAUGACUAUCCUAUCUCUGUAUUAAUCAGCAUUGAUAGUUUUGCAGAUGAUCUUGGCACAAUGCAUUUGCACUGUAAUCUUAACAGAAAAGUGCAAUUCUUGUAAUUUCAGUGAUGAAAUCUGAAAGUGCCCUUUGUGUCAUUUUUGUGAUUAGGAGAUAUGUCUUUUAUUAAAACUCUAAGUAUCUAUAUGAGUUUGUGAUUCAAUAUAUGUAUAUACAUGUGCAUAAGUUAGCUCCAGCCAGGAAAGAGUGAAGGUUGGGUGUGCCUGUGGAAAGAUACAACCACGCUUACUUGAACCAACCAAUCUUCCCUGAAGAGGUUAUGAAAUAGCUGUGGGUGAAGACAAAGGCAAUAUGUUUUACAGAUUUUAAUGCAUUAUAUAGUGAGUAAAAGAAAAACAAUUUCUAUAUUUUGUAUAGAAAUUUAAGUGCAACUGGUACAUUGGCACACAAAAGCAAACAUAAUUUUUCUAUGCAUGGCAACCUUUAUGAUUGUGUUAAAUAUGUAUAUUAUUUGUGAGCCACAAAGAUUCCUGUUAGAACAAUUUAAUUAUAGUUACACAUUUGGAGGAGUAUAUUUAGAGGUGCGUAAGACCGAGGUGUACAAGCACAUGUAUUACUGUUGUGCUUACUCUAAAGCAAGUUGGUCUUCUGGGAUCACAAGGGUGGCAUUUAUGAGAAGUGGUUGGCAUAAUAACUGGCAUGAUGAAACUUGAAAUUACUUUUAUUUAAAAAAUGUAUUAGUCUGUUUAUGCUAGAGCUGCAAAAAAGGCAACUCAUCUGUUUUAAAUAUAUAAUUCCCAUGGUCAUUUUUACUAGAAAGAAAAAUCAAAACAAGUCCUUUUCAAUUGUAAACACAGGAAGUGGACAUAGAAACAUUUUGUUAGACUUUUGUGAAGUUUCUAGGUGUCAAACUUUUUUUUCCAGGAGUUCACCAUAUGUCAGAUACAGGUAAAAUAAUAUAAUUUAUUAUUCACUAAACAGUGAUUUGUGGUGAAUUGGAAAUAAAAUUACAAUAUGCAGGAUAAAAUAGCUAUGUUUUAUUUGUAGCAGACUUGGAGAAUUUUUCCAAAUAAUACAGUUUUGCCUUUUGUCAAUUUGGUUUUCACAGUUUAGUAAAUAAACUAUAAUGUUGCUUCAUGCAGGUGCACCUUGCCAUUGUAUUACCUUUCUCUGCCUCUGUGCAAAUCUUUGUUUCCAUGACAACAUGCUCAUUCAUGAAGCAAUAUUGUAUUCUUCAGUUGCCUUGGAGUGAAUGAGAAACUCUUGGAAAAUAAGGUAUGCCAUCUACUGGAAACAUGAUCAUCUGGAACAACUUUCAUUUUAGAAAUAGGAAUGACAUGUUCUGAUUUUCUUCUAGUUCUUACGUAAUGUCUCAGCAAAUAAUUGUAUCUCCGAUUGGUAAUGGUGUUGAAAACAUCUAGAUCUUUUCACAUUACAUCAAUUUGUAGUGAGUUUGCAAACAGCACCAAAAGUCAAUAUAAGCAAAAUGGCUGCAAACUUGCAGCCUACAUGUGCCAAUUGUCCAUCAGGUCACACAUGGUGACUGCCAAUUACAUUCAUUACAAUUCAAAUAUUUUCUAAACCUCAAGUUGAUGCUGAGUAGCCUCCAAGUCUUUCCCAAGUCUGGAAAUGCUAGACAUAACUUGUAAGUUUUGCAAAACACAUAGACUGAUUAGAUGUGUAGGGUGAUCCAGAAUCCUCAUAAACCUGGCAGACACACUCUUAUAACAGAAUAGUAGUCUCAUCUGUUAAAGCGGCACUGUCAUGCCGAACUUACCUUUCUUUCAUGGAUUCCUCUUCUCUCCCUCUCUCAGGAUCUGUUCUCCAUUUCUUCCUGUCUGCUCUAGUUUUCUUAAAAACAUAAGACAAAGUAGGGACUACUUUGUCUUAUGGAGGUUUCCUAUGCCUGACCAGCGGAGGAGCAAAGUGUGCUUCAUUUCCGGUGAUCAAAGCAAUUUUCCCACAGUUCUCACCUUUGAUCCGUGAUCUCGCGAUGCUUCCUGUCAGUAUUCCCAAACGUCCUGUCACUUAGACAGAACGCCGGCGAAACUACAGAAUUUCAUCCUAACAGAACAAGAACAGUUUCUCCAUUCGUGUUAGGUCGCAAUUCGGGACUUUGUUUGGAUCAGAAUUUCAUUUGAAUGAAUGAAAUUCCGAUCCUAUUCGUGCCGCGGCUACAUCUUGCAGCUGCUUAGUAGAUAAUUGUUAUUGUUAUUUAGGGCCCCCACCUGCCGCUCAGGGGCGGGGGCAAUAGGUCCCCCAUUCAGUUUAACAGCUCCCUACGGUAUCAGGGAGCUAUCUACCAAAAGGCUUAAAGACCUAAAUUGGUCUUUCAGCCAAAUGUACUAAUACUAAGUAAAGAUUACUUAGUGUUAGUACAUUCUGCCCCUACUCGCUAUACCGCGAGUAGGGGCAUGUCUAGUAAACAGUGAGCAGCCAGUGGCUGCUCACGGUUAAAAAAACAAAACAAAAACCCUAGUGUCCCCCUUCCUGAGCCCCCACCCGUGCCGCGCUAGUGGGGGCUGUUAAACUGAAUGGGGGACCUAUUGCCCCCGCCCCUGAGCGGCAGGUGGGUCCCUAAAUAACAAUAAGGAGGGGGGACCUAUCUUCCCCCCUCCCCAUGAGUGGCAGGUGACGGCCCUAAAUUAUAAUAAGGGGGGGAACCUAUUGUCCUCCCCCCCAGCCUUCACCCCUAAACGGCGGGUGGGAGCCCUAAAUGAAAAUGUGGGGGGGGUGAACCUAUUGUCCUACCCCCAGUCCCCACCCUUGAGCAGCUGGUGGGGGCCCUAAAUAACAAUGAGGUGGAGAGGGAGGGGCGAGACCUAUUAUCCUUCCCCUGGUCCCCACCCCUGAGCAGCGGUUGGAGGCCCUAAAUGAAAAUGGGGGGAGGAGGGGGAACCUAUUGUCCUCCCCGGCCCCCACCCCUGAGCAGCGGGUGGGUGCCCUAAAUGAAAAUGGGGGAGGGUGGGAACCUAUUGUCCUUCCCGGCCCCCACCCAUGAGCGGCUGGUGGGGGCCCUAAAUGAAAAUGUUAACAUCCCCAGGUUACUAGGAGUACCCAAGCCCCUAGUCACCCCCCCACCUCAAAAACCCCUACCUACCCCCUUCACCCUAAAAAUAGUGAAGGGGGAGCAAGAGAACUAAAUACCUGUAAAAAUUAAAUAAAACUUACCGUUUGAUGUCUUCUUUUUUCUAAAAUCUUCUUUUUUCAUCCCCAGAAAAUGCCAAGUAAAAGUCUGUAAUAUCCGUCGCACUUUGAAACUAAAAUAAAAAACCAGAGGGCAAAAAAAAAAGAUCGUAAAAAAACAAACCUGACGCUAAAAAAAUAAUCCAUCUUCACCCAGCGAGGGCACGGCGCAGACGGAGCUUCGCAGGGCGAGGAAAUGCUUAUAAAGCCUUUCCACGCCCUGCAAUUAGGCACAGGGUGCUCUGAUUGGUUGGUUUAAGUAAUGUAAUAAGUAAUGUACCAUCAUGUUCCCUUCACCAUGGUUGAUGCUAGGUACUAAAUAGACCCAAAGCAAAAACCAUAAGACUCCUCCCCAUAAAUUACACUGGGCACUAGUGAUGUCCCGAACGGUUCGCUGCGGACGACGAACAUAUGCGGUAAACUUUGACCCUGUACCUCACAGUCAGCAGACACAUUCCAGCCAAUCAGCAGCAGACCCUCCCUCCCAGACCCUCCCACCUCCUGGACAGCUCACUAAGAAUGCAGCUUCACAAUGAAUGUAAAUGGAUGCUGUCCAGGAGGUGGGAGGGUCUGGGAGGGAGGGUCUGCUGCUGAUUGGCUGGAAUGUGUCUGCUGACUGUGAGGUACAGGGUCAAAGUUUACCACAUAUAUUCGCCGUCCAUGGCGAACCGUUCGGCGAACCGUUCAGGACAUCACUACUGGGCACACAAACUCCACCACUUAAUGCAAAAUCUGCCUUUUUGUCUCUACUGACUUACCUCUUGGUUUUGUUUUGUUUUUAUUCUGAACUGACUAUCAAAAAUAUUAGCAACACAUAACACACAUACAUAUAAUCACCAACUAACAUAAACAUAAAUGCAAAAAGGCAAUCACGUGAAUACAAAUGCAAAUAUUCAACCACACAGACAACUGCACACAUAUAUGUACAACAUCAAACACAUGCAUUUACAUACAUAAAGUGAUUUAUUUAUGUUUUAGGUUGCCUUAGACUCAUCUAAAUUGACCCCAUUCGCCUCACCCCACCCCUACUCCUCCCCAUUAACCACACUGUCUGUCACACUCACAAAUACAGGUGUAGCACACACCCAGGUCCGAACUGGCUAUCCGAGCGCCGGCCCUGCUGUGUGCCUCCAUGGGCCGGUGGGGAGAUCAAAGAUCUCCCUCACCGGCCCACAGGCACUGUUACAGGCGGCCGCCGGCUGAGGAGGGAGGGAGGCAGGAGAGAGGACCGGCGGAGCUCUAGCCAGCAGCUCCGCCAGGUCCUCUCGCGGGAUUCUGAGCGUUGCUGCGGUUACCACGGCAACGCUCAGAUCUCGCGAGAGUGAACUCUAGCCUGCAGGUUAGAGUUCACUCUCACCACUGGACCACCAGGGAAGCAUGACAGCAUGGCCCCUCUCCCCCCCCAUGGCAACACGGCUCCCCCCCUCCCAGGCUAAAGGUAAGAAGGGGGGGGGACAUAACUUUUAUUAUUAAUUAUUAAUAAAAAAAUAUAUAUUUAAAAUAAUUUCCCUAACAGCCCCUGCCCAGACACACACAGCCCCCAGACACACACACAGCCCCAGACACACACACAGCACCCCCAGACACACACACAGAGCACCCCCAGACACAACAGCCCCCAGACACACACAGCCCCAGACACACACACAGAGCACCCCAGACACACACACAGCCCCAGACACACACACAGCCCCCAGAAACACACAGCCCCAGACACACACACACAGCCCUCCCCAGACACACCCACAGCCCCAGACACACACACACAGCCCCCAGACACACACAGCCCCCCCAGACACACACACAGCCCCCCCAGACACACACACAGCACCCCCAGACUAGGGAUCGACCGAUUAUCGGUUUUACAAGCAGGGAGGGGGGACAACAAAAAUAAUUAAAUAUUAAAAAAUGCCCCCUCACACACACACGCCAUUAUAUACACAUACACUACACAAACACACUGUGUAUAUAAUGCAGUGUUUGUAUAGUGUGUUUAUAUAAUGCACACUACACAAACAAACUGCAUUAUAUACACACACACUGCAUUAUAUACACACACUAUACAAACACACACACUACGCAAACACACUGUGUAUAUAAUGCAGUGUUUGUAUAAUGUGUUUAUAUAAUGCAGUGUUUGUAUAGUGUGUUUAUAUAAUGCACACUACACAAACACACUGCAUUAUAUACACACACACUGCAUUAUAUACACACACUAUACAAACACACACACUACGCAAACACACUGUGUAUACAAUGCAGUGUGUGUGUAGUGUGUGUGUAUAUAAUGCAGUGUGUGUGUAGUGUGUGUAUAUAUAAUGCAGUGUGUGUAGUGUGCGUAUAUAAUGCAGUGUGUGUGUAGUGUGUGUAUAUAAUGCAGUGUCUGUGUGCAGUGUGUGUAUAUAAUGCAGUGUGUGUUUGCAUAGUGUGUUUAUAUAAUGCACACUACACAAACACACUGCAUUAUAUACACACUAUACAAACACACACACUCUGCAUUAUAUAAACACACUACAUUCAUUAUAUACACACACACUACACAAACACACACACUUUACAUUUAGUACAUACUGCAUUCACUUUACGCACACUACCCACACACUACACAAACACUCUACUUUCAUUAUAUACACACUACACUAAUACACACUACAUAAACACACACUGCAUCCACACACACUACACAAACACACAUUGCAUCCACAACACACACUACACAAACACACACUGCAUCCACAACACACACUACAUAAACACACUGCACCCACUACACCCACUACACAAACAUACAAUGCAUCCACUACACAAACACACACUGCAUCCACUACACAAACACACACUGCAUCCACUACACACACUACACAAACACAUACAGCUCCCCUGUCUAAACACACUGCAUCCACUACACGUGGCAUGUAUAUUUUGUGCAUUUACCUUUAGAAAUUUAUUAUGGUAAUAAUUUAAAUGGUAAAUGUACAGAAUAUCGGCAAAUUAUAUGGGCUAUCGGCCUCAAAGUUCACAGAAUAUCGGUAUCGGCUCUAAAAAAUCAAUAUUGGUCGAUCCCUACCCCAGACACACACAGAGCACCCCCCAGACACAAACAACCCCCCCCCAGACACACACACAGCCCCAGACACACACACACACAGCCCCAAGACACACACACAGCCCCCUACAGACACACACACAGCACCCCCAGACACACACCUCACAGCCCCCAUACACACACAGCCCCAGACACACACAUAGCACCCCCAGACACACACAGCCCCCCCAGACACACACACAGCCCCCCCAGACACACACACAGCACCCCCAGACUAGGGAUCGACCGAUUAUCGGUUUUACAAGCAGGGAGGGGGGACAACAAAAAUAAUUAAAUAUUAAAAAAUGCCCCCUCACACACACACGCCAUUAUAUACACAUACACUACACAAACACACUGUGUAUAUAAUGCAGUGUUUGUAUAGUGUGUUUAUAUAAUGCACACUACACAAACAAACUGCAUUAUAUACACACACACUGCAUUAUAUACACACACUAUACAAACACACACACUACGCAAACACACUGUGUAUAUAAUGCAGUGUUUGUAUAAUGUGUUUAUAUAAUGCAGUGUUUGUAUAGUGUGUUUAUAUAAUGCACACUACACAAACACACUGCAUUAUAUACACACACACUGCAUUAUAUACACACACUAUACAAACACACACACUACGCAAACACACUGUGUAUACAAUGCAGUGUGUGUGUAGUGUGUGUGUAUAUAAUGCAGUGUGUGUGUAGUGUGUGUAUAUAUAAUGCAGUGUGUGUAGUGUGCGUAUAUAAUGCAGUGUGUGUGUAGUGUGUGUAUAUAAUGCAGUGUCUGUGUGCAGUGUGUGUAUAUAAUGCAGUGUGUGUUUGCAUAGUGUGUUUAUAUAAUGCACACUACACAAACACACUGCAUUAUAUACACACUAUACAAACACACACACUCUGCAUUAUAUAAACACACUACAUUCAUUAUAUACACACACACUACACAAACACACACACUUUACAUUUAGUACAUACUGCAUUCACUUUACGCACACUACCCACACACUACACAAACACUCUACUUUCAUUAUAUACACACUACACUAAUACACACUACAUAAACACACACUGCAUCCACACACACUACACAAACACACAUUGCAUCCACAACACACACUACACAAACACACACUGCAUCCACAACACACACUACAUAAACACACUGCACCCACUACACCCACUACACAAACAUACAAUGCAUCCACUACACAAACACACACUGCAUCCACUACACAAACACACACUGCAUCCACUACACACACUACACAAACACAUACAGCUCCCCUGUCUAAACACACUGCAUCCACUACACGUGGCAUGUAUAUUUUGUGCAUUUACCUUUAGAAAUUUAUUAUGGUAAUAAUUUAAAUGGUAAAUGUACAGAAUAUCGGCAAAUUAUAUGGGCUAUCGGCCUCAAAGUUCACAGAAUAUCGGUAUCGGCUCUAAAAAAUCAAUAUUGGUCGAUCCCUACCCCAGACACACACAGAGCACCCCCAGACACAAACAACCCCCCAGACACACACACACAGCCCCCAAGACACACACAGCCCCCAGACACACACAGCCCCCAGACACACACAGCCCCAGACACACACAGCACCCCCAGCACCCAGACACACACACAGCCCCCAGACACACACAGCACCCCCCAGACACACACAGCACCCCCAGACACACACAAUGCACCCCCAGACACACACAGAGCACCCCCAGACGCACACAACACCCUCAGACAGACAGCACCCUCACUCCCACACAUAUACAGCACAUAUAUAUUAUAUAAAAUAACCCUCAGUGAGUUAACAGACAAAUAAAAUUAGAAACCCAGAAUGUGACGGCAGAUAAAAACACCCUCACACACAGCACUCCUCUUACACAAACACACUGCGCACCUCACACAUACAAUAAGUCCAAAUAUAUUAUAUAAACACACACACACACACACACUACAGCACCCCUCACACUGCACCAAUACACACAUUAUGCUCCAGAUACACGCUAGAUCCCUUACCCUAUAUGCACUCUUAAUCCUUUACACACACACACAAUCUUCUAUACACACUCUGGGUCCUUUACACAAGAUCUCUUACACACACACUGCACCACCUACACACACACUACAUUCCUUGUAAGCAAACACAUACAACAUUCUCUAAACACACCCUCUCUACAACCCCUACACACACUACAUCACCUAUACACACACACUCGCUACAUCCCCUAUAACACUAUGCCCCUAUACACGCACUCUCUACAGCCCCUAGCCACACAUAUUACACCCCAAAAUUGACCUAUUUACACAAUACCACACUACACUCUACACACAGGCAAUCCCACACGCAUGCGCCAAACACAUGCACCAUACACUUUCCUGGCCCUUUUGUCCUCUGGUAUCCCACUUGUGGAGACACCAGAGACAAUUUAAAAGCAAACACAGCGCAAGCAUGUUAUUACAUUUGCUUGCGCUGCGCAGAACAAAUUCAGGGCCUUUUUCUAAUGCUAGAGCUCUUCAGCGGGGCUCUGGGCAUUGAACCAACAUGCUCACUUUCAGAGGGGGUGUACUUGUCAUUAGUGAUGACAAAACACACACUCUCUGGCCCCGCCCCCUUCUUGGGGGGCCGCUCUAAUUGAAAAAGCCCGGGCCUAAUUUUUUUCCCAGUCCGGCCCUGCACACACCUACUAUACAUAUAUCAGGUGAGUGUAUACCUCUCUCACUCUCUCUCUGCAAAUAACAAAUCCUGAUGCACCAACACAAGAACACAAACAUAGAUUCACCAUAUUGUUUUGGAUAUAUAUAUACACAAAUCGGAAACAACACAUACACACAAACAGGCAUAGACACACAUAUAGACAAAACAUUCAAAUGUGCACACAUACACAAAUAGCCAAACACACAAUUGCACAUUCAAUUUCAUUGCCCCUUCCUCUCACCUAAUAUAAUAUCAAGUUAAUUGACACUUUCCCUCAUCUUAUAUAACACCCAUUUAAUUGCUUCUUCCUCCCAUUGCAUGUCUCCCCAUUUCAGUGUCACUUCCUCUCAUACCCCUCAUUGUCCCUAUCUAUGCCCUCAUUAUACUUCAUUUGAUUUCCCUUUCCUCCCAUCUGCUUUCCCUGGUGGUGUAGUGCUAUAAUGUGUGGAAGCAAUAUUGGGCUGCUCUCUCACCUCAUGCUGCAGCCAUUCCUCUUGUGAAGCCAUGAUUGAUGGAGGAGGUGGGGCUAUGACAUCAUGUCCUCUUAGCUUCAGUCAGCUGUUGCUUCAUUCAGUCUGCUCCACACAGAGAGUCAUGCUUUCUCCACAAUGCUGGCAUCAUUUCCCUGCACAGUUAUAACAGUCAUCACUGAAGUUCCAGCACAUCACUGCAAAGCGCCAGAGCUUUAGUGAUGAUGAACUUUUAACAGCACUCCCUCUCUGGCUGGCCAUGCAAAUAGGAUUUCCAAAGGUCCACUCAGGGCUAUAGCCAUAGACCGCCCAAACACCUCCAGCAGCGCCCAUGCCCUUCUCCCUAAAAAAAUCCCUUUAAAAUAUCUUAAUGGAUUUUGCUUAUAUUGGACACGGAAAUGCAAAAUAAAUAAAAUAUUAAUGCUUCAAGGAACACUAUAGCAUUAGGAAUGCAAAUUUUUAUAACCCUUACCUUUUAUCCCAUGCAGCUCUGCACUCCUUAUGGCUUGCCCCGCCUCUUUCGCUGAGAUCAUGAAGCCUUACAGGAAAGCAUUGGGAGGUUAGUGUGCAUGUGCGGCUAAAUGUCACGCUGCACCAAUUAUAUGGUUUCUAAACAUAAGAAAAAUGUGAGCAAACAAAAAAAAAAUAAAUAGGUUUGCACAAAAUGUGCUUCUCCCUUCAAAUGCGUUAAUCAUGGAUAAAAGUAGGGAGAAUUUGUUGUCGGCUGGCCACAUUUGGGACCCCCACAAAGCAAGCGGCAGCUUCUAUUGCGGGCUUGCGGCAAGGGAGUGUUGUAGCCUGAGCUCUUACUUCUCAGCUCCUUCGCGCCGCUUAGUGAUGCCGUGAGCCGGAAUAUGACGUCAGAACGGCUCCUGGCAUCACUAAGGGAGCUGAGCAGUAAGAUCAAAGCUCCCUCGCCGCCUACUCUGUCAGUUAACCCCCUGCCUGACUGUCCAGCAACACAAGCAGCCCCACUGGACCCAGGUGGGGAAUCCACUCCAGUUCUCCCACGGAGGCUGGAUUGAGUUAAAUUAAAAUAAAAUAAAGAAAAUAAUUAUAGUGAUUUGUGAGUGUUGGGGGAAUAUGUGUAUUAGUGUGUGUCUGUCAGUUAAUGUGUGUAUGUAUGUCUGUGAGUGUGUGUGUGUGUGUCUGUCUGUCAGUCACUCUGUCUGUCUGUCAGUGAGUGUGUGUGUCUGUGAGUGUGUGUGUGUCUGUCAGUUAAUGCGUGUGUCCAUGUCUGUCAGUGCGUGUGUGUGUGUGUGUCUGUCAGUCACUCUGUGUCUGUCAGUGAGUGUGUCUCUCUGUCAGUAUGUGUCUGAGUUUGUGUGUGUCUUUCAGUCACUAUGUGUUUGUCAGUGUGUGUGAGUGUGUCUGUGAGUGUCAGUGUAUAUAUGUGAGUGUCUGUGUAUGUGUGUGUCAGUGUAUGUGUAUCUGUGAGUAUUGGUGUGUAUAAUUGCCAUGUUUAAUUGCCGUGUUGGCACUUUGAGGAAAAAAGUUGGUUUGUAUUGCGCUUUGGGCACUCGGGCUCAAAAAUGUUCGCCAUCACUGGGUUAUAGGCUUCCAACACUAUGUAGGGUGGGUGUGAGAGAUUUAAGCCAAUUGCAUUUGGUUAAUAAGUGUUCUUUAGUUUUUUUGGUUUUUUUUAACAUUUCAACAGCAGGCAGCAGGUCAAGGCACCACAGAACAUCCUGCAACCUCCAUUGUUAUGCAAGAAUAAAACAACCUGGUAACAUAUGUUUAAUUAUUUUCCAAAUCUGUACAAUCCUUUUUGACUAAUAGUCCAUACAGUGCUGUCUAAUCAAAAGAUCCUUGUUUGAUAGCAGGUGCAAGACUGUCAGGCAUUUAUUGUGAUUUGAAAAACAUAAGAUCAUUGGUCUAGACUAGAGAAACAACAUUUGCUGCAUCAAGAAUUUAUAAAAUGUCACUUCAUUCAUUAGCAUGAUUUUAUUUUGUCUAAAAUAUUUACAUAAUUAAUAUUGAGGCAUAAUUUGCAUAUUUCAGAUUUUUUACUGGUCCUUAAAGGAACACUAUAUCAUUAGUAAUAUAAACCCUUAUAUUUAAUGCUAUAGUGCACCUGUCCUUAUCUCUUCAUAGGCCCCCCUUUGUGAAUAAGAUUAAAUAAAUAAAUCUUUGACUUACCGCUCUGCUUCUCACAGAAUCAUGGAGGGGGAAUAGCCUCCUUCCUGAUUGUCCAAUCCAAUGUUACUUAUAGAGGAGACCUGAUGUGCAUAUACGGCGAACACCGCUCUUGCAUCCAAACUUCCACAUAGAAGAACAUUUAAUCAAUGUUUCCGCGUCAUGUGAAAGAGUUUAACUCAAAUCACUAGAUGAAGAUUUAAACCUGUAAUGUAAAUGUUACUUAACCCCUUAAAGAUAUUCUAUAGUAUUAUGAAUACAAAUCUGUAUUCCUAACACUAUAGUGCACUCUGGUAACUCCCUUCCUCACGCCCACCUCUCAGCUCAUAAAGGGUUAAAAAAUAACCUUUAGUCACUUGCUCAAUUCCAGUACCGAUGUCCUUCAGUGCUGGGUUGGCGCUCUGCUUCCUUCUACCUCAUCCAACUGGAUGCAGAGUGUGUGUGUAAAGUGAAUGCAGUGUGAGUAUAGUGAAUGCAGUGUGUGUAUAGUGUGCGUAAAGUGAAUGCAGUGUGUGUGUAUAGUGAAUGCAGUGUGUUUGUGUAGGGAAUGCAGUGUGUUUGUGUAGUGUGUAUAUAUAAUGAAUGCAGAGUGUGUGUUUGUGUAGUGUGUAUAGUGAAUGCAGUGUGUGUGUGUGUGUAUAAUGAAUGCAGAGUGUGUGUGUAGUGUGGAUAUAAUGAAUGUAGUUUGUGUAUAGUGAAUGCAGUGUGUUUGUGUAGUGUGUAUAUAAUUAAUGCAGUAUGUGUGUUUGUGUAGUGUGCGUAUAGUGAAUGCAGUGUGUGUGUGUGUGUUUGUGUAGUGUGUGUAUAGUGAAUGCAGUGUGUUUGUGUAGUGUGUGUAUAUAACGCAGAGUGUGUGUUUCUGUAGGUGUGUAAUGUGUGUAAAAUUAUUAUUUAUUUAUUUAUUUAUUCCCCCUCCCUGCUUGUUACCUGGCCAGGGAGGGGGGAUAUAGCAUUCUCUGGUGGUCCUGUGGCAUGGACUGUGCAGUGGGGACCCUCAGCAAGCUCUUACCUUCCCAGCAGCUCCCUUCAGCUCUCCUGUGUAAAGCUCGCGGCCAGUGUGCCGCGCGGAGCAUUGCCAUGGUAGACAGGGGAUUUAGACAGGGGAGUUGAAGGGAGCUUCGGGGAAGGUAAGAGCUUGCUGCAGGCCCCACAGGACCGCCCUACUUGUCAUGGGCCCGGUGAUCCUUGUAUGUAUUAUUGGCAAUAUCAGUAUCUCUAUAGGCCGAUACUGAUAUUGCCGAAAAUACCAAAUAUCGUCCGAUAAUAUCAGCCAGACCGAUAAUCGGUCGAUCCCUAAAUACUUCACUAUUUUCUCUUAUGUUUCUAUUACAUGCCAUAUUCAACUAUCUGAAUGGUAAUUAUAUUUUCACAUUUGUGAUAGUGGCCCCCUCACUGGUAUAUGUUUUUACUAAACUAUUUUUGGAUCUUGUGAUUUUGGGAUUUUGGCGUAAUCCCCUAUUUUGAGCGGCUAGCCUGCACUGUUUAAUUGCACUUUUUCCCACUUACCGCCCCCCUGUUUCUAUUAAAUUAAAUAUUUAGCCUUGGUGGGUAGAAAUGCAUCCCUUGUGUUUGCUCAAUGGACCCUACAGGCUAGAGGCGGUGAGUAGCAUUAAGGCCUGGCUAGUAGUGUAGGACUUGAAAUUUUAAGCCCUACUCUUAUAGUAAAUAGUUUGCCCAAAUGGAAAAUGAGGCAAACCUAAGAACAUAUGCUAAAAAAAGCCAGUUUAAAAGUCCACGCAUAAGUCAAACAUAUGUUCUAUUUACAAGGUGAUAGUGGCUGAGCUGAUAAAAGUAAUGCUGAGCCCACAAUAGGGAUAAAGCCUUCUUGAAGGUAUAUUUUAGUACUGUGCUACUAUAUUGAAAAUGUAUACACACGUACUUUGUAGCUCAAUUGAAAUAUCCUAAUGUUCACAUUGAUUCAGAGAUGGAUGAUGUCACAUUGUCAUGACAACACUCUGCCUUGUGAAUGCUACUUUCACUAUGUAUGAUGAUAUAGACAGUAGAACAGACACAAAAUUUUGUAAGCACAUUCCUUUCUACAAAACUAGCCCAUCAAACCUGUUGCUGUUGCAAAGCUAAUUUUAAAUGUACUAUACAUGGCAACAAAAAUAUAUUUAACUCCAUACUGCUGCUUGACAUAUAUUGCAACUAAUGUGAAGAGCAGUACAUGUUGUACAAGAAUGGAGAAUAGAACAUGGAAUCUCAUGUUUGAAUGACAAGAAUGCUAGAACUAUAAAUAUUUUAUUAAUAAUGCACAGUGACUAAUGGUUCCUACAAUAUCCCACUGGCUAAUACCAGGAAUAAGCAUACAAAAAUAGAUAUACGUCAAGCCUAUAUAUCCUCCUUUUUCUACAUCUCUGAUAAUGUGUAUACAAAGAAAAAAAAAAAAGAAGGUGUUAUUUUUUAAUUAACUUUUAUAAAGUUUACAAAUUAACAAAAAAAGGAACAUACAAAUAAAUAAUUCACAGUUUCCAUACUUAAGCAAGAGCAUGUGAAGAGUAGUAAAAUAUAUAUAUUUAUUUUUAUAUAUUUUUAAAUCAAUGGGCUAAUUCAAUAGGCAUGGGCUUGGAACUGCAGCUCCAUCAGCCCCUAUGUUAAUCCAACUCUAUGAUCAUUAGGGUUUUAGAGCAAAUCCCUCCCCCAGCACCUCAGUUGUGUAGUUGUGGAAUCAUUUGUCAGAAGUGAAAUUGUGCACUUUUAUUGACUGAUUCAUGCCAAUUUGUGAAUGAUUUGUCUAAUGUUACACAUAAAGUUGCACUGUAACCUACACAGUAGGGUUUUCACCGUUUCUUUCCCCCCUGAUGUACAAAGCACAUCAUUUUGAUGUUAAUAAAAUAAAAAUUAAAACAUUAUAGUUAACAGAGUCAGUUUGCAAUAAAAGCCUUUUUUUUUAACCAGGAAAUGCAAGGUGACCUGGAUGCAGAAGCUGCAGUGGGAGGGUUUGAAAUGAGAAAGGGUAGAAAUUAUUUUACAAGAGUUUCAUAUACUUCUAGUUGGUUCUGUUUUCUUUUCUCUUUUUUAGGUAAUUCUUUUUUACCCCCAUAGGUGAACGUCCUUUUCCAUGUACGUGGCCUGACUGCCUUAAAAAGUUCUCUCGUUCUGAUGAGCUGACCCGCCAUUAUAGGACACACACGGGUGAGAAGCAGUUCCGAUGUCCUCUCUGCGAGAAGAGGUUCAUGAGGAGUGACCACUUAACAAAGCAUGCACGCCGCCACACCGAUUUUCACCCCAGCAUGAUCAAAAGGUCCAAAAGGUCUAACUCUACUUUCGUCUGAGGGCAUAGUCUGAGUAAGAAAGCUGCUGUACAUAUCACCUUUUUGCAUCUUUUCAGAGGAAAUGUAACAGUCCUAACAUUCAUGCUUUUGCAGCAGUGUAUUUAAGAGAACCUGCUGUCCAAUUUAUUUUGGUGGCACAUGACUCUAGAUAUUUUUUUUGUAGUGGUGUGAUAUGUACCAUCACAGUUUUGACUGUAAAACCCUACUGUGCUUGCUCUGGCAUGAAUAUGUGUUAAUGAAAUAGAUACCACAACGGAUUAGCUUUACAUUUGUGAAAGAAAAUACACAUGAGAACACUUGCAACAUAAAUAUAUAUGUAUAAGGGAAACUUUUUUUUUUUGUGGAGAUAAAACCAUACGGUAUGAGAUUUGGAAAACACAUCUUAUGAAACAAGCGUACUUGAACUUAAGACAUUUAUGUUAAUAAGGGACUCUGUAUUUUGUGGUUGAUGGGAUGUCAGUCUCCCGUUAAUAUGGACAUUGAGGGCCUCCAUUCAGUGGUGAAAAAAUUUGGAAGGUGCAGCUUAGGAACAUGAUAUCUGCUUUUCAGUGGGAUGGGGAAAUGAAAGGCAAAGAAUAUUAAAUAAAGAACCAGAGGACACUGGAUUCAUGAACACUAUGCUGCCAUUUCACCAUCAUAUAUGUAGCCAAAGUCAACAAAAGUGAACUGGAGGAUCAAGAGUAUUUUUUUUUUCUUUUAAGGGGAGAUGCAAUGCUCAGUAGUCUAAUGUAGUCUUUAAUAUUUAAAUAUCACUUUACCUUUUUCUAAUGAACAUUUUUACGUCCUUGCUAAACGUUUGGGCAAUCUGUCAUGUUACCAGAUAUGACUACAUCUGCCUGAGGAAUCGCACGCAGUUGUAGAAAGAGGACUUUGAAUGAAGCAUAUGCCUUUAUCCUGCAAGCUUAGUCUGAAUUCUGAAGAUUGUGUUAUUAUUCUCUUAGGUUGCUACGCACGUUUUAUUGUAUGACAUAGCAAUGACAAAACGUUUCUGCAAAACCAGAAUGUUUGACUCCACUAUUCACAAAGACAUUGCAAUAUGAGCAAUGCUAAGCAUUCACACUCUGAGCUGUGUUUAUAAAGAAUAAUUCUGUUGAACAAUAUCAGGCCGUUUUGACCGUCCUGUCAGUUGGCCUGUGUCCUACAGUAUCACAAUUAAAAAAAAAAUAUAUACAGCCAAACUGUACUGACGCAAUGCAAGUGCACAUCUUGCACACUGCGUCAUUUUAAAUGCCUCACCAUUUCAUCAUUUAGGUUUUUAAGAUGAUGAUCAAAUGAAAUGUUUACAUAACUUGAUUUGGUAGCUAACAGCGCCAAAUAGUUUUUUUUUUUUUCUUAUUUGUUUUUUGCGCACCUUAUGUUUCCAGUAAAGAUUCACACAACGCCUAUAUAUUUAAACUUGUUCCAUACUGGAGAGGCUAACAAUGCCGCACUACUAUUAGUGAAUAAAAAAAGGCCUCUCUGGUUGUCAAGGGUGUUAACUAUGCAGCAUUCAGCCAUGCAGGCAGUUUACAGAAUUAAUAUAUUUGUAUGUAAAACGCUCAAUCCAUUCCAGAUACAAUUAGACCCAAGCACUCCAACCACUUCACACAAUAUCUGCUUUUAUUUCAAAAGAGCAAAAAAGUCAAUUGUGACAGACCACACUAUACUCUCAGUUACUGAUCAACAUGCAGCAACUCUCAUAAGGAAAAACAAUGCCAACAGUCAUUUAUCUUUGCCAGGCAUUAUUCAUAUUUCUUACCUAGUUUUUUAAAUUUGGUAUUUGUCCACAUAAGAGGUAAGAUUCACACAAUCCUCCAGCUGUUGUUAAAAAAAACAUUGUUUGUGGCAAAGGAUUGUGGGAAUUAUUGGUGAACUACAGCUAGAGAGAUGCAUGGAAUGUCUGUUCCUGCUGGCCAUGUGAAAGAGGAAAAUAUUAGAAGUAGAGCUAGAAUAUGGUACAUUAAAAACCAGGGGAAAUAAUAGCACUGUCAUUGAAAGUAAUCUGUAAGCAUGCAUGUCUCAAGGGCUUUCUUUUUGUAUUAUCUCAGUUUUGGGUGGACUGCAUUAGACUUUUUCCCACUGUCACCUUAAGAAACGUGCAUUUGAAUGUAAUAGUCACGUAAAAGAAUGCAGUCUCUUUCUAAAACCAAUUAAAUGGUUCCGUUUCAGAAUAUAAAAUAUUAGUAAGAACAAGAUAAAAAUUGUGUACAAAAUAUGAGCCAUACUUAUUCAUUGACAAGAAAACUAGCAUUAAAGGAUCCUACAUCAAAAUGGAAUGUCAUGCCAAUUUAAAGGUAGCAGGUUAGUAUAUUGCUGCUAAUGUUAGACACUGUAGUCACUAUAACCAUUUAAUCUCUGCAUUGCUUAGUCCCUGGAGUCUUCUGGCAGUGUUCCUCCAUUCCGAGUUAAACCAUUUUCGAGCAGUUUAACACUGAAUGAAGGUCUCUGGCUACCCAAAGCACAGCCCCUACUGGAGGUAUGGCUAAGGCAGAUAUUACACACUUCCUUGUUGUCAUACCAAUUCAUGAUAGCAAUGGGCACUCUAAUAGGCUAAACAUUCAGGAAAUUACAGCUGUCUGUUGCUUCUCGGGCUAAUACUUCAUCGUUAGUCCAAGCAGCACAGAGUGGAUGGGCAGCCGGGGACUCUCAUUGAGCAUAAAAACAUUAAAAACCGUUUAACGCUAAAUGAAAGGAUGGCACCAGGACACUCCAAACACUAACCAGUUCAAUGAAAUAAAGCAGAUACGGGGCCUACAGUGUCCCUUUAAAUAAGCGGAUCAUUCCAUACUGGGAUAGGGUUUUUAGGGAUCAGACAGUGAUGAGUGCAUUGAAUAUUAAUCAGUCCUUAAGGGGUUAUAUAUCUAUGAUGACACAUUAGCUAGCAUUAACAGCAUAGUGUGAACAUAACUUAGUCUGUUAAUUUUGGAUAUCAGUUAAAGGAUAUAGAAAUUAUAGAAGUGUUUUGAGGUACAGCACAUCAGGCACCUUUAAUUUAUACACACACAACGAGCAUUUCACACACAAACACGCAGUGCAAUGACUUUAGUCAAUACAAUGACUGUUCUAAACAUAUACUACAUUAUAAAUAUACUAUGAAAUAAGGAAUUUCAGGAAACAAACAAACAUUACACACUUUCUACCUCUGUUUCAGUUUUUUGAAACACCUAAUUAUUCCGAAUUGCAGAAUAAUUCUUCCAUUGAAAAUAACUAGUAUGAAAAUACUAAAGAAAAAAAAAAUACAAAAUAAAAAAAACAACCAAAAAAAAAAAGAAAAAGAAAAAUCCUUCCCUUUUAUGGUGUUUGUUUAUUUAUUUUUUAAUAUUAUUUUUUUAACUGCCAUUGGCAGUAUAUUGAGUUACCCCUCUAAGAUCCAGAGGGAAUAGAAAAAAAGUCAACAGAACACUCUUUUAAGUCAUUAAGCAUGGGCAACUGUAAGCAUUUCUGGUUUUGCAUAUGGAGCAGAAUAAAUACAUUUCAAGUGGACUACAAGCACAAAUUCUUUGCCAUGACUUAGAAUUGACAUUCAAAGGUGUUUGUUCUUUCUGUUGUCCCUCUGUUCAAUAGGGCAACUAGUUAUAUGUUUAAAUGUGACAGAUAGGAUUGUUUCAUAAGUGAAAUGGUGUCUGUUUGUGAAAUUUGACAGCUGAUGUUGAGCAUUGUAUUUACAACAUCCCGACUUGCUUUAAAGGUGUAUUGAUACAGGAUUAAAUUGGCUUCAUGGCAGAUUCUAAAUAUGAAAAAUUAAAAUAGAAUAUGUACAUGUUUCAGCUUUUAAAUCAACAUCAAGUCGUUAUUAUUCUAAGGUAAGUGCAUUUUAUUCAAGGUGACGUAAAAGCGAUAAAGGAAGUGUUAAUUUUGUGAUUGAAUUACAAUGCAUGUGUCUAUACCACUUCUGAAACCAAUGUUUUUUAUAACAUUUUGUAAUUUUUUGCUUCAAAUUCUGUACUCUGUUAGGAGCAAGUUAUCAAAUUCAGGAAGUCUAUUUUCCCAUGCACACUCCUAUUCUGUUAAAUGCCAUCAUACUGCUUGGUUUAAACAUCAACGUAAUACGCAGUAAAACACUGAUGUAGAUAAACAUUCCAUGAACAGUAAAUCCAACCUUUUGCCCAGCAAUGGUUAAGAGAAAUAAAAAACAUACUUGCAAUUUAAUUGUCAAUUACAUUAUUCCUGUGGUAUCUACAAAGUCCUGUCUAUAUCACUGUAGGACAGUGAUGGCUAACUUAGACACCAUAAAUUGUUUCUGGACUACAUUUCUCAUGAUGUUCAGCUAGCUUUUAGACUCUAAAAGCUAGCUGGACAUCAUGGGAAAUGUAGUCCAGAAACAAUUUAUGGCGUCAAGGUUAGCCAUCACUGCUGUAGGAAAACAAAGUAUAGUUUUUGCACUUAAUGCCAAAACUGUUCUUAAAACUAUGAUUUGUGAACCAAUUGGAAUCGAUGCCUUUUCUUAGCAUUUUUGUUUUCAAAACUAAUCACAUUUUGUGUAUCUGUUAACAUUUUGUUAGGUUCAAGGCUCUCUAACAGGCAUAGCCAAGACAUAGCUUGUUCAGACAUCUGUGAUUGCUGGUGAUCCUGGUACAAAACAGAUCAGCAUUAAGCAGCAUUUAUGGAAAAAACAAAAAACAAAAAUAUAAGCAUUUCACCUUGCAUAUCAGUAGAAUGUGGGGUUUAUUCACUUAACAGUCACUUGAAAUAUGGUAAUGAUAAUGAUUUACAAAAUUGAGGGCAAACAGGCAAGCUUGAAAACAUGUCUAAUUCACUAUAGCGUCUAAACCAUGUAAAAUUUAAAUUUAAAAUUGUAGUCCAAAUAGAUGAUCUAGAAAAUGUCUCCAAAUGUUUUCAGUUUGGCAAUUUUGGCCUACAUUUUGACACACCAUUGCUGUGCUGUCCCGUCCCAACAUUUUGACGAGACAUGCCAUAAAUCCCCACAUGUUGGUGGCAGAAUAUAAAAUUAAAAUAAAAAACUCUGCAGUUAAAUAACAUGAUGAUGAAAAAUUACUCAUAGGGGUCAAAGUGAUGACUUGACAACUGACAAAACAGACCACUUACUCCACAGAUCAAAAAGACUGCCUAGAGUAUCAAAGUGUUGCCUUCCAGCAGUUGUUGAACUACAGCUCCAACAAUUCUCUGCCAACUUAUGGACAACAGCUUCCAUAACUCACCGCCAGCCAAUGGAAAACAGAGAAUCUUGUGAAAGUUGUAGUCCACUAUCACCUGGGAAGCCAAAGUUUGAUGCCACUCUUUAUUCUUUUUGGACUAUACUGGUACAAUGCUAACUAUGUAUGUUAUCUAUUCUGAGGACAACCAAAACAAAAAUUCAUGGUGAUACAUUUAUUUAAGCCUUUCCAAACUAUCAUAUAUUUGUGGCUGCAGAUUUUUUGUCACUUGCUAUGUGUUUAUAUGUUUUGGGGGUUUUUAAAGACUUAUAUGGCUUUCUUCAGAUAUGCUAGAAUAUGUAUACAUAAAACAACAUUACGUAUUAAUGAAAUAUUAAAGUAUAAGAAAAACAAUGAAAUGUUUUCAUUGUUUUGCCUAUAAACAUUUUUUCCACAACUACUGCAACUAAAGAAAAAUAACUCAAAAUAGAUUUACUUAGUAGUCCUAGUUUUUAAAAUGCCCAGCUUGUCUGGGCUUUCAAUUAAUGUUUGGAAGUUGUAGGUCAAACUUUGCAAGGGGUGAAUUACAGUUUUGAAGCUAAACCUUUGCAAAUUUUGGUUUGCCUAACCUAAAAGCAGCUGUCACUAGACCUUAAAUUUUGAGUAUUUUAUAAAAAAAAUUAUAUUUAUGAAAUGCUCACAUUGACUGCAUUGGAAUUUCAUUGAAGCCUCUAACACAUGUAACAUUUUGAGUUUUUCCACUUGGCCAUUUCACCACCAGUAUGUGCAGAAUUUGGAACUACAUUUUAUUUAGAUUUUUUACAUAUAUAUUGAAAUUUAAUGCUAAACUUAUGAAAGAGCCUUAUGAGUCCUAUUCUCUCAAAGACCCCACACAUUGCAUUCUGCAUCUCAUGAGUACAUUAUUAACUCACAUGUAAAAGUUUGCUACAUUUCUGGGGAAUGUAUAGGAUCGAAUUAGAGAUAUGCCUUAAAGGACCACUAUAGUGCCAGGAAAACAUACUUGUUCCUGGCACUAUAGUGCCCUGAGGGUGCCCCCACCCUCAGGGUCCCACUCCCGUGGCGCUGAGGGGGGAGGAAGGGGUUAAUCCCUUACCUUUUUUCCAGCGCCGGGCUCCCUCGGUGCUGGGACUCUCCUCCCUCUUCUUCAGUCACCGUCUCUUCUUCUGUCAUGCUUUCCUAUGGACGCUGGCGUCUUCUUACUGUGAAAAUCACAGUGAGAAGCGCGGAAGCGCCUCUAGCGGCUGUCAAUGAGACAGCCACUAGAGGCUGGAUUAACCCAUUUGUAAACAUAGCAGUUUCUCUGAAACUGCAAUGUUUACAGCAAAAAGGGUUAAACCUAGCUGGACCUGGCACACAGACCACUUCAUUCAGCUGAAGUGGUCUGGGUGCCUAUAGUGGUCCUUUAUGCAAUUUGUCAAAGUGACGCUACCUGUGUCACCAUACGGACUUUUGUCAAUUUGUAAUGUUAUUUCUGAAUCAAAUCUAGUGCUUACACAAACUAACCAUAACCCAAACUGACCCUAUCUAACUCUAAUCUUAGCUGACUAUAAAUAACCCUAACAAUAAACUGUUUAGUGGAUUCAUCCACACAUUGGUCACAGGUGUCUCGGCUGGCAGCUAAGGUAUGUCAUGAAUGUGAUUAGCUCCCAGAAUGAUCAGACAGAGAGUCAACAAAUGGUGGGUACAAUAGAUAUUGUUGAAAAACCACUCUAUUGAGGCAGCCAAAAGGAGCUCAUUGACAGCUGAACAUGGUGUUCACUCCUCCAUCUUGGAACUCAAUAGGAGUGCUGUGAUUGGCUGACAGACCAGCCCCAUGUCAUGUGGCAGCCUUAUUAUGCUAAUACUAGGCAGCUUGAUACUGAAUAUUCAUAGAGAUGGCUUAGGGGACCUCAACAUUCACGUUCAGUGAGGCAUCAAUAUGCUCAUCUCAAGAAACCAGCCUGGUGAUGAAUGUGCAUAUGAGACAGCGUCAUACCCUGGUAUGGUGGCUGCCGUGAAUGGCUUAGCACUAGAAUGAAUAUUGAUAUUCCUGAUUACCAUGUGGAAAUCCCAACUAAAUAGAUCUAUUUAGCAUAUAAGAACACUUUAAACACAACACAUUCUAUCGGGCAAAACAUUUUGAAAUAAAUGUUGCACAUUACGUUUUAAAUAAUUUUUCACUACAAAAACUUAAUUUAGUAAGAAAAAAAUAAUUUAGUUAUCAAUCCAUGUUAACUGUCCAGUUAGCAUUCUUAUUCAGACAUUAUAGUGGUGUAUUCACUAAAAACAGAAUUGUAAAGAUUUAACUGCAAAAUGUAGGUUAAAAUAAUCAAGGUAUGAGUCUAGUUGAGUUGCCGAAAAUGUUCAAUUCAGGUUUCUAUUCACUAUUUUUGAUGGUUUUGGAAUAAACCUGUGUACUUGAGGAAGGGUCAUGUGAAGACAAUUAGAUGCAAUAGACUGCACAUCUAUUGAAAGUUAAGCAGUCAAGUCAAUAGUGGUUUUCAUUGGAAAACACUGAAUAGAGUCUUCAUGUGCUUCCUGGUGAUGAGCAGUGAGCUGUCGGCUCCUAGCAGUGACAAACUUGAUUGUAUUCAGAUUACACUGCAUGAAUCUAACAAAAUGUUGCCAAAUAUCAUAUCAAAAUGAGGAUAUUUUUUUUUCUGUGCUGUUUAAACGGGAAAGGUGUCUGUCAUUAGAUUUGGAUACAUUACAGUGCACUGCUGGUCAUCUUUGGAACUUUAUUACUGUUUAACCCAUUUUACAUGUCAUCUUCUAAAAGAGCGGUAAGAUAUUACCAGGUUAAAUGCAGAUUAAUAACUUGCAAUUUUGUAGCAUAGUCAUUUCUGCAAUUGUUUAAUUUUUACAAUUUUUUGUAUAGUUUCAUAAGUUAUUUUGUGCUGUCUUAUUGGAUUUGGAGGAAAUUGAACUGAUUAAACAAAGGGUAGGUUUACCCAUUUUGUACAAGUGUAUAUAAAUUGUUCCAAUAAAAAAAAAAACAUUGUAAGAAUACCGUGAAGCAUUCUUAAUUAAAGUGUCACACAAACUCAACAAA